AUGAGUGAUGGAAGAGCGUAUCAAGAAUCAAUACCGCAAAUUAACGCCGCAAGUAAAAACAACACCAGACAUGCUGAUGAGAAGUCACAAGUUCUAGGGAACCUGCAGAGCAUUUCAUGUUCACUCCGGCACACUAAUCAUGAAGAAAUGGAGGCAUUUGAUGAAUGA